UGAAUAGGAUUGAAAGACAAAGAUGUAGACAGGCAGUGGGGGGGCUCUUUCUUCUUGGUUCUUGUUUUUUGUGAGCCACCAUUGGCAAGGCUGUCCCCUCCGGGUAGGCAUGGGAACCCGUUAAAGAAAGUGUUGAUUCACGAGAGCGGAACAGAACUCAGUGGCCUUUGUGUGUGGUGAAUGCACCCGGAAAGGCAAAGCAGAGCGAGAUUCUCCUGUGGGCUUCCUCAUCUCCAUGGCGGCAAGUGCUGACAGCUUGCGAGAAAGCCCGAGAGGGAAGGAUAGAACCCUGAAAUGGCUCUUACAAGAUGAAAAGGCCAUGGGAUUUGGACCUCAACUUAAUUAUCCGUAACUAAGGUUUUAACUGGAAACCCAAACCAAAAGAAAGCAACUGACCUUGAACUUUUUCUGCCGCCAGCUCCCCUGGAUGCCCGCAGGCCAUAGGCAAGCAUGAGCUACUACGGCAGCAGCUACCCGAUCGUGAACGUGGACCCCAAGUACCCGGGCUACCCGCCUGAGCACAUCCUCGCGGAGAAGCGGCGGGCACGCCGGCGGCUGCUGCACAAGGACGGCAGCUGCAACGUGUACUUCAAGCACAUCUUCGGCGAGUGGGGCAGCUACGUGGUGGACAUCUUCACCACCCUGGUGGACACCAAGUGGCGCCACAUGUUUGUCAUCUUCUCCCUGUCCUACGUCCUCUCCUGGCUCAUCUUCGGCUCCAUCUUCUGGCUGAUCGCCUUCCACCACGGGGACCUGCUCAACAACCCCGACAUCACGCCCUGCGUGGACAAUGUCCACUCGUUCACGGGCGCCUUCUUGUUCUCCCUGGAGACCCAGACCACCAUCGGCUACGGCUACCGCUGUGUCACCGAGGAGUGCUCCGUGGCCGUGCUCACCGUCAUCCUGCAGUCCAUCCUGAGCUGCAUCAUCAACACCUUCAUCAUCGGGGCCGCCCUGGCCAAGAUGGCCACAGCCCGGAAGCGAGCCCAGACCAUCCGCUUCAGCUACUUCGCCCUCAUCGGCAUGAGGGAUGGCAAACUCUGCCUCAUGUGGCGCAUCGGGGACUUCCGGCCCAACCACGUGGUGGAGGGCACCGUGCGGGCCCAGCUCCUCCGCUACACGGAAGACAGCGAGGGCCGCAUGACCAUGGCCUUCAAAGACCUCAAGCUGGUCAACGACCAGAUCAUCCUCGUGACGCCGGUCACCAUCGUCCAUGAGAUCGACCACGAGAGCCCUCUGUACUCCCUGGACCGGAAGGCGGUGGCCAAGGACAACUUUGAGAUCCUGGUGACGUUCAUCUACACGGGCGAUUCCACCGGGACCUCCCACCAGUCCCGGAGCUCCUAUGUGCCCCGGGAGAUUCUCUGGGGCCACAGGUUCAACGACGUGCUGGAGGUGAAGAGGAAGUACUACAAAGUGAACUGCCUGCAGUUCGAGGGCAGCGUGGAGGUCUAUGCCCCCUUUUGCAGCGCCAAGCAGCUGGACUGGAAGGACCAGCAGCUGCACAACAUGGAGAAGGCGCCCCCAGGCCGGGGGUCUGGCCUGUCAGACACCAAGGUCAGGAGAAGGUCGUUCAGUGCCGUGGCCAUCGUCAGCAGCUGCGAGAGCCCCGAGGAGACGCCCAGUUGCGCCCUGGAUGAGUGUAAGGAAGCGCCUUACCAGAAAGCUCUCCUGACUCUAAAUAGAAUCUCCGUGGAAUCCCAGAUGUAGUCCCAGAUCGUCAUUCCACUCCAGCAGUUUGCUCUCUAGCCCAUCACCUUCAGGAAGGUAGUUAGCUAUAAACAGGGCUUUACUGGAACGUUAGAGCUGUGUUUGAUGCUGAUUAUAAGAGCAGGUUAAACUUGAUGAAAGAUAAUAAAAAAAUUAUGUAGUAUCCAAUCAAUUUUUUAAAAA